AACUGCAUUCUGUGCGAGUUCUCUGACAAGCCAUCGCCCUCCAUCCGUGCUCAGCAGAACAGCCAAGAUGCCCUCGACCACGCUGCACUUCGACGCAAUGCCAGUGUUCCUGCCGUGAUAUUUCGGGCGGGCGAGUCGUUAACGAGUGAUCUUGCAGUCUCUUCGACAUGGACGGCACCCUGGUGGACUCGACCGACGGCGUCGUCGGCGCGUGGGAGCUCUUCAAGGAGAAAUACCCGCACCUGGACGUCACCCAGGUCCUCAGCUCGGCUCAUGGAGUGCGGACGGUCGAGAACCUCCGUCGCUUCUGCGGCGUUGAGGAUCCCGAAGAGCAAGAGCGUGAAGCGAAACGUUUCGAGGACGCCAUCGUCACCAGCUCGACGAAGAACGGCCGCAAGGGCAUCGUCGCGCUGCCCGGCGUGCCCGAGAUCAUGGCCGAGCUCGGGCCCGUCAGCAAAGGGCCCAACCCGCGCUGGGCGAUCUGCACGUCCGCCACCCGAGCGUACGCGACUGCUGCGCUCCAGAAGGCGGGUGUCCCUCACCCAGAGAUGUUCGUCGCCUCUGAGGACGUGCAGAAGGGGAAGCCCGAACCGGACCCGUACUUGCUCGGAGCGAAGAAAUGCGGUGUGGACCCGAAGAACUGCCUGGUCGUAGAGGAUGCCCCGGCGGGUGUCAAGAGUGGACGGGCGGCAGGGUCCAAGACGCUCGCACUGCUCACUUCGCAUACGAGGGCGCAGGUUGAGGAGGCGCAACCGGAUUUCGUAGUCAAGGACUUGUCGAGCGUGACGGUGAAGAGGACAGACAAGGGCGUCGAGGUUACGAUCAACACGGAUUGAAGCGAACAAGUAAUAAUGUGCGGGAUAGAGGGGUAGAAAUGAAUAGUAAUAGAGUAACACUAGAUUCAAGCCGCUGUAGAGUGGUCGAGGGCAUGCCAUUUGUAUCCGGCAGCAAGAGUUCUCACCUCAACUUGGUGUAAACGUCGAUUGGUCGCUUGAACCCUGUAUGCACGCAUCAACUAGUUUGCAGUUAUGCUGAGAAGAAACACGUACCGCCUUCGCCAAUUUGCCCCAGAUGCUCAGGAGGCCCAAAGCCGAUCUCCUGGAGUAUCUUCUCGAAGUCGUUCGG